CUGCUGGAGGACGACAUCGUCAUGUUUGUGAAGGACGAGCUGAAGAAGAUCCAGAAGGUUGUGAGUCCAGAUUACCCAGAAUCCUCAGAGAGUCUGGAGGAGGAUGAAGAUGAAGAGCAGAAGAGCAUCAGAAAGACAUUCAUGAAGAUCACAGUGAAGUUCUUGAGGAGGAGGAAGCAGGAGAAGCUGGCCGACCUUGUGCAGAGCAAGACCAUCGCUGCCAUUUGUCCAUCCAAACUCAAAGUUCAGCUGCAGAAGAAGUACCAGCAUGUGUCUGAGGGAAUCACUAAAGCAGGAAAGACAACCCUUCUGGAGCAGAUCUACACGGAGCUCUACAUCACAGAGGGAGGGACCGGAGAGGUCAACGACGAACAUGAAGUCAGACAGAUUGAAGCAGCUUCCAGGAAACCAGACGGAGCAGAAACAGCCAUCAGACAGGAAGACAUCUUUAAACCCCCACCUGGAAGAGGACGACCAAUCAGAACGGUGAUGAUGAAGGGAGUGGCCGGCAUCGGGAAAACAGUCCUAACGCAGAAGUUCAGUCUGGACUGGGCUAAAGGCAGAACCAACCAGGACAUCCAGUUCCUGCUUCCAUUCACCUUCAGAGAGCUGAAUGUGCUGAGAGAGGAGAAGUUCAGCUUGGUGAAACUUGUUCAUCACUUCUUCUCUGAAACCAAAGGAAUCUGCAGCUUUGAAAAGUUCCAGGUCGUGUUCAUCUUUGACGGUCUUGAUGAGAGUCGAUUUCCUCUGGACUUCCACAACAAUGAGGACCUGACUGAUGUUACAGAGUCCACCUCAGUGGACGUGCUGCUGACAAACCUCAUCAGGGGGAACCUGCUUCCUUCUGCUCGUCUCUGGAUCACCACACGACCCGCAGCAGCCAAUCAGAUCCCUCCUGAGUAUGUCUCCAUGGUGACGGAGGUCAGAGGGUUCACUGACCCACAGAAGGAGGACUACUUCAGGAAGAAGAUCAGAGAAGAGGAGCAGACCAGCAGGAUCAUCUCCCACAUCAAGACAUCACGGAGCCUCCACAUCAUGUGCCACAUCCCAGUCUUCUGCUGGAUCACUGCUGCGGUCCUGGAGAACGUCCUGGAGACCAGAGAGGGAGGGCAGCUGCCCAAUACCCUGACUGAGAUGUACAUCCACUUCCUGGUGGUCCAGGCCAAACUGAAGAAGGUCAAGUAUGACGGAGGAGCUGAGACGGAUUCACACUGGAGUCCAGAGAGCAGGAAGAUGGUGGAGUCUCUGGGAAAACUGGCUUUUGAGCAGCUGCAGAAAGGAAACCUGAUCUUCUAUGAAUCAGACCUGAGAGAGUGUGGCAUCGAUGUCAGAGAGGCUUCAGUUUACUCAGGAGUGUUCACCCAGAUCUUUAGAGAGGAGAGAGGCCUGUACCAGGACCAGGUCUUCUGCUUCAUCCAUCUGAGUGUCCAGGAGUUUCUGGCUGCUCUUCAUGUCCAUCAGACCUUCAUCAAGUCUGGAGUCAACCUGCUGGAGGAACAAAGAAACACCUCCUGGUGGAUAAGAGCAGACACUCACCUCUAUCAGAGUGCUGUAGACAAGGCCUUACAGAGUCCAAACGGACACCUGGACUUGUUCCUGCGCUUCCUCCUGGGUCUUUCACUGGAGACCAAUCAGAACCUCCUGCGAGGUCUGAUGACAUCAAACCAAAGAAGUUCACAGAACAAUCAGAAAACAGUUGAAUACAUCAAGGAGAAGAUCAGUGGGGAUCUGUCUGCAGAGAGAAGCAUCAACCUGUUCCACUGUCUGAAUGAACUGAACGAUCGGUCUCUGGUGGAGAAGGUCCAACAGUACCUGAGGUCAGGACGUCUCUCCACAGAUAAACUGUCUCCUGCUCAGUGGUCGGCUCUGGUCUUCAUCUUACUGUCAUCAGAAGAAGAUCUGGAGGUGUUUGACCUGAAGAAGUUCCGAGCUUCAGAGGAGGCUCUACGGAGGCUGCUGCCGGUGGUCCAAGCCUCCAAGAAAGUUCUACUGAGUGGCUGUAACCUCUCAGAGGACAUCUGUCCACUUCUGUCCUCAGUCCUCAGCUCUCAGUCCUCCAGUCUGACAGAACUGGACCUGAGCAACAACGACCUGCUGGAUUCUGGACUGGAGAAGCUGUGUCCUGGACUGGAGAGUCCACACUGUCACCUGGAGUCUCUCAGGCUGUCAGGCUGUCUGAUCUCAGAGGAAGGAAGUUCUUCUCUGGUCUCAGCUCUGACCUCCAACCCCUCCCACCUGAAAGAGCUGGACCUGAGCUACAACCAUCCAGGGGAGUCAGCAGGGAAGCUUCGGUCUAGACGGGAGGAUCCCCACUGGAGACUGGACACUCUCAGGGUGGAGCCUGCUGGACAACGAUGGCUGACACCAGGUCUGAGGAAGUCUGCUUGUUUGUUCUCUCCAUCAGAUUCCUGUCAACUCACCGUCGACACAAACACAGUCAACAACAAGAUCAAACUGUCUGAUGACAACAGGAUGAUGACGCAUGUGAAGGAUGAUCAGUCAUAUCCUGAUCAUCCAGACAGGUUUGAUCGUCUUCCUCAGCUGCUGUGUAGAGAAGUUCUGACGGGUCGCUGUUACUGGGAGGUCCAGAGGACAGGAAGAGUUUAUAUAUCAGUGAGUUACAGAAGCAUCAGCAAGAAAGGAGACUCUGGUGACUGUUUGUUUGGAAGGAACGAUCAUUCCUGGAGUCUGGGCCGUUAUCCAGGUGGUCUGUACCAUGUCUGUCACAAUAACAAUAGAUCCAUCAUCUCCUCAUCUUCAUCUUCAGACUCUGGCAGAGCAGCAGUUUACGUGGACGUUCCUGCUGGAACUCUGUCCUUCUAUGAAGUCGUCUCUGACAGACUGAUCCUCCUCCACACCUUCAACACCACCUUCACUGAACCUCUAAGUCCUGGAUUUGGUAUCAGGUCCUGGUCCAGGUCUGGGACCUGGUCUGGUUCUUCAGUGACUCUGUGUCCAGUUUAGUCUCAAGAGUUUCCUGUCAGAGAAACGUUCUCUGUUGGAUCCUGGACUUGGACUCUGGUUCUAGUUCCUCAGUGUCAUGAUAAUGACAUGAUGAUCUCUGAAUGCACAACACCGGAACCUGCAGCGUGGGAGUGAGAAGGGCAGCCUGCCUGCAGUCCCCAUACCCGGUCAUCCCGUUGCUGCUUCCACCUGCCUGCUGUACUGCUGACGUCCCCGACUCCCCCAGUCUGGCCCUCGGCAGGAGGGUCCCCCCUUAUGAUCCAGGUCCUGGUCCAGGUUUCUUCCUCCUAAAGGGGAG